UAGGGAGUGAGGACCACGAGAUGCCUGGAACUGCUGGGACAACCUAGUUCACUAACUAGGCUGCGACACUGGCCAUAGGACUAGGGCAAGUGGAGAGGCUAGCGGGGACACACAGAGCAAGCAAGCGCUGCGCUCUUUGCCUUCGUGCUCUUUCUCCAGGCUCGCCGCUAUAGAACGGCUCCCCCAACUUUUGUCCCGGUCUCUAACUCCAGUUACUGAAUCAAGUGUACCAGAAUGUCAGGCAGUUCUCCCGCAGACCUCCAGACGCAACCAAAGAAGGAACUUGGGCUCUCGGAUGCUCUGGGAAGUCACACUAGCCUGGUGGCUGCCACCUAAUCGCCCGCACAUUGUACGGUUUGUUGGGAGGCUUCGGAGCUCCACACCAGCUGGUGACCCCACAGAGCUCACCCCACACACGCCCUCACCGCAGUUCGCCAACGAAGGCCCAAGAGCGGUCCUCACAUGCCCAAGCUCCUAAUCCCCACCACACCCCCCAGUGUGACAGACUCUGCUAAUUGAACGGUUAUGGGUCAUCCUCGUAACCGUUGGGCGACAUUAUCACCACGCUUCAAUUCUUCAUGUUUUAAAUACAUAUUUAACGGAUGGCUGCAGAGCCAGCUGGGAAACACGCGGGUUGGAAAACAAUGCUCCAGAAGGCACGAGACGAGGGCAAAGGAGACAGUCCAUUGGGCUCUCUAGGGUAGCUCGACCCCAGAGGAAGACGUAGCACGAAACGAAGAGCAAUCGCCUGAGUUUUCAUGCCUGUUCUGAGUUUGCUACAGGAAGACCAAUACUGUUUGUCUGCUUGCUUAUUAAAACUGCGUAUGUGAAUUCAAGCAUAACACCAAGCAGUAGGAAGACCGGAGAAAAGACAGGAGAAAAGACCAUUAAAACUGCUCCAGAAAGAAUUGGCUCCUGUGUUUGGGGGCGGGGAAGAGGUAGCACCCGAGAUCUGUAAAAAUAAAUACCCCAACAGACAAAACACCUUUGAGCUGGAGAUGUCUGCAUGUGAGAAACAGUUGGGGGUUGGGGAGACAAUCUGCUGGCCCUACGCUUGGGGACCUACAACUGCUCCAGUUCACGGUAGGCAAGGCCCGCCUGUAUGGGCCUGGCCAUAUAAUCUCCUGGAGGCUCGCUGAAAUCAGUUCCUAGGUUUUCACUUCCCUAAAAUGGGAAAAGCACAUUGUUCCCGCCCCCGCCCAGACCACCGCCACCGCCGUCGCCGUCGCCGUUGCCUCCACCCAGCUAUAAAAACCAGCGGAACCCCGAAAGGUGUGGAUGCUUAUUACAGACGGAGCCAACGCCAGCGCCCAGAGCCAGGCUCUCCUCCUCCGCAGCGAGCACCUCAAAGUGAAUUCACAUUCGGAAGGUUGAAAGAAGAAGGAUCCUUCGGACGCUUAGACCAUCCCUGGGGCCAUGGACUCGGAUGCCAGCCUGGUGUCUAGUCGCCCGUCGUCGCCAGAACCCGAUGAUCUUUUUCUGCCCGCCCGGAGCAAGGGGGGAAGCAGCAGCGGCUUCACAGGAGGGACCGUGUCCUCAUCCACGCCGAGCGACUGCCCGCCAGAGUUGAGCUCUGAGCUGCGAGGGGCCAUGGGCGCGGUGGGCGCGCAUCCCGGGGACAAACUUGGCGGCGGUGGCUUCAAGUCGUCUUCCUCCAGCACCUCCUCGUCCACGUCGUCGGCGGCCACGUCUUCCACCAAGAAAGACAAGAAGCAGAUGACUGAGCCUGAGCUGCAGCAGCUGCGCCUGAAGAUCAACAGCCGGGAACGCAAGCGCAUGCACGACCUCAACAUCGCCAUGGACGGCCUGCGGGAGGUCAUGCCGUACGCGCACGGCCCGUCCGUGCGCAAGCUCUCCAAGAUCGCCACGCUGCUGCUGGCGCGAAACUACAUCCUGAUGCUCACCAACUCGCUGGAGGAGAUGAAGCGACUGGUGAGCGAGAUCUACGGGGGUCACCACGCUGGCUUCCACCCGUCGGCCUGUGGCGGGCUGGCACACUCGGCGCCUCUACCCACCGCCACAGCGCACCCCGCGGCCGCCGCGCACGCCGCGCACCACCCGGCGGUGCAUCACCCUAUCCUCCCUCCUGCAGCCGCGGCCGCAGCCGCCGCGGCCGCUGCCGCAGCGGUGUCCAGCGCCUCUCUCCCGGGCUCCGGGCUGUCCUCGGUCGGAUCCAUCCGGCCUCCACACGGCCUGCUCAAGUCUCCGUCGGCAGCCGCAGCCGCCCCUCUCGGAGGUGGGGGUGGAGGCAGCGGUGGCAGCGGUGGCUUCCAGCACUGGGGUGGCAUGCCGUGCCCCUGCAGCAUGUGCCAGGUGCCGCCACCGCACCACCACGUGUCGGCUAUGGGCGCCGGCACCUUGCCGCGCCUCACCUCCGACGCCAAGUGAGCUGGUCAGUCGGGGUGCGUUCUGGAGAGCCGAGGGCAGCGGAGCAGCGCGGACAGGCCAGCGCUGAGGCUCCGGGGCUCUGUUGCAAGAAGGGGAACUGGACCGCGGGCUGGGCCUAGGGGGUUACGGGGAGUCGAAUAUCUAGGAACCAAGCAGCGGGAACAUUUGGAGCGAUGGAGAGGGGCGCGUUCGCUCCAGAACCUGGUUGACUCUUUGGCUGAACACUCCGUGGGUCUGAGAGGCACCAUUGUACAAAACAAACCGGACACAACGCGGGUACAUGCAUCCCUGGAACGUCCUGCCUGCACUCCCAGGAAGUCUAAAAACUGACUUUCCCGUGUACAAAGAUUGACUCCCAGUCUGGGCUUAGAGGAGACGCAGAACACUGGGGGACUUGACUUCUUUUCCCCCAUUUCAGGCAGGGUAGGAGACUCCCAGGAACCGCACUGCUGAAGCGACCUCUGGGCCUCACCCUGCAGGUUCAUCCCUGGCCCAGGGCCAGGCACUAAGUUAGUUGACCCUGUCGUGGGUAUCAGAAGCACUUAGGGUCCUGUGGUCUCAGAAGUGUGACCUUCCCUCCCGUUUCUCCUAUUGAUUUAUGGUUUCCUAACAAAUCAGUGGAUGCUCCUUUUCAGACCACACGAGCAAGCUUUACAUUCGCUUAAAAUAGCACUUGUGGAAUGAAAUAAUCCCAAACUACCGAUAUGGGACUGGAUGCUCUUUGGAUCUUAUUUUUAAAUAGAACCACGUCCCUCCCCGCCCCCCCACACACAUUCUAAGCACACAUAAUUUGGUUUCUUACCCGACUAGGGUCGCUGUUUUUGGUACUUAGGGGCUUGACAGAAAAACACCAUCAAAAAGUUGCUGUGAAUAUAGUUUGAGCUAUUUGGGAGGGGGUGUUCUGUUGAGUUUCUAAUAAUUUCGUGUGUGUAAAUAUAAUAUCAAUGAAGUGCGUGAUGCUAAGCUCUUUCCCCCCCCCUCCGGCUAAGCCCGCUGUUUUCUUUCUGUGUCGUCGCCCCCCACCCCGACCCCACACCUUUUGCCACCAUUAUGCGACCUGCAUGUGGGCUUUUUCACUCCUGCCUCCUAACCUCUCCCGCGCUGCCCGUGCAGAGUGUAUCUAUCACCUGUUUUAUUUUUGUAAAGAAAAAAGAAGUGCUAAAUAAUAUUUAUUACUUGUUUGGUUGCAUAAAACGAAACAAAUGAUAAAGUGUUGAGAUUUUAAAUAAAAUUUAAAGUAAG